AUGUCCUUAAGGUUGCCUUUAAAUAAGGCCCCUUUUCAUAAAAGAAUUCAUUUUCAUGACAUUCUUACAAAAAGUACAACAAAAUUACGUGAAGUAGAAAAUGCCCAACGUACAGUACACAAAUAUGGAAUCUCGCUAAAGUUUGAUUACCAAAACGUAAAACCUCUUUGCUAUAAAACAUCACAGAGUAGGCUUAAGGCUUUACCAUUCCACCUAAAACCAGACAUAAACAAAAGAAACGAUGAAUUUAAAAAUCUGUAUGCCAAUGAAUUUAAUAUCCCUCCUCCAUCGCAAGAAUCAUCCGCUGCCAUCCAAUGUUUCGUCGAAGACUUUGACAUAGCACUAAAGAGAAGAAGAUUAAAUGUAAAUUUUCAUGAAGCUAAUUUCUUGUCACAACGUCAAGCUAUUCUAAAUGCCUAUAAGCAAAGGCAAAUCGAGUUAGCCAACAUAGAUGAUGAAGAGCCUCCUCGUUGGUUUCAAAGAGGCAUAGACCGUUUAGAGAGGAGUCUAGGUGAGAUUAAAGUGAAACUCAGCCGGAUCGGCAUGAGGUCAACCAGAACAGAAUAUACACAAGAAAGAACAAUGGGUCUUCAAGUUUCUUCCAUUCCUUCUUCAAACGUAAAUGAUCCAGAUGAAGGUUUACCAACUAUUACCUGUGUGGAGGACGAUAUAGAACAUUUAACCAGAGAACAAUGCGUUAAGAUAUCUUACUGGAUAUGGCAUAUCCUUUCGUCCUAA